AUGGCAUCGGCGCUGCACUACCCGUACCGGCCCAAGGCGCGGGCCGCGAGCAGCCAUGAGUCACUGCACAAGGCCAUUCCCGCGCGGCCCGUGAUGAACCACCCAUUCCACGCACUUACGCGCGAGGAAAUGGGCUGGCACGGAUCACCGACCAAGGAGUCGCUGCGCGACGCCAAGAGCCUCAAGCCCAAACAGCUCCGGACCAAGCUCAACGCGACGCAGAAGCGCGAGUUUGGUUGGAACACGUCGUUUCCAGCCGAGUACGGCCUCACCAACCUGGCCCGCGACUUCAAGGACACGCUGAGCUACACCAACAGCAAGAUUCGAGAAGCCCACGAAACAAAGCAAGUGCUCGAGCAUGGACACAAGCACGUGCAUGCGACCGACGUCCAGCACAACAUUGCCCACCUCCAAGAGGCCUUUGGGUGCCAGCAGCCGUCGAGCGUCCCGACAACGGACCCAAAGCACGAAAUUCUCGUCAUGAAGAGCAUUCUGAUCCGUGAAGGCCUCGUGAGUCGUCUCAAGGGCGUGGCCCAGCGCAUCUCGAUUGGAGAUGUGACGUCGCUCAAGGUCCAAAACGCCGACUCGCUGCUCUCGAUUCUGCUGCAGACGCGCGACGCGUCGGUCGCCGUCGUACAAGCCCUCUACGACUGGCAGUCGCAACUCCCGUCGCCGCAAACGUACAUUUUUAGCGGGAAGAGCUACUUGCACCGUAUGCUGGACGACCUGAACUUCCUUGCCGAGAUUCCCCGGCUCGCCGACGUGCUUGGUGUCGCGCCCGAGUCCAUGGUUCGCAACCCGUUCAUGCUUCCGACUUCGAUUCCCGGCCGCGACCUCGAGCCCGUGCAUUGCAUGACGUCCCCGCCGUUCGUCACGACCAUCCCCAACGAGGCAUCGGCCGGCGACAUUGUCACGCAGGCCGACGCGUUCUUGGUCUGGUGCUGUCUUCAUCUAAAUGAAUUCCCCCCCGAGGUGCUUCCCGACGCCAGUGUCCCCGAAACCACCGAGACCGCACCGCCCAGUGGCAUGAGUACGCUCGAGGUGCUUCAAUGGCAACAGCGCGCCGAGAUGCAACUCAAGCUGCUCUCGAUGCCGAUGGAGUCGUCCCUCGGGGUGCAUGUGAUGGACUCGUCGCCGCUCAUGAAGCGCAAGGGCCAUUUGCCGUCGCUGCCCAUGUCGCCGCCAAAGACCUUGAAAGACCUCAUGCACACGGUUCAUGACGGCCCGCCAGCGAAGAAACCCAGUACCGUCAUCCACGUCACCGCGCCGUAUACCAAUCCCAAGUACGCCAAGGUCAAGCCGCGCGUCUCGGCCGAGUCGUUCCCGCACCAGAAAAAACCGCCUCGGCCAGGGCAACAGGCGACCAAGCCCACGAAGCGGCUCAAGAAACCGACCAAGAAAACCAACCCAGUUGUCUUUACGCUGCAGAACCUCUCAGUGACACACCUCGAACUGGAGGCGCUCAGCCGCGACGAAGCUCCACCACAAGUGGUUGCGCUCAUCGUCGCGACCGUUAUGAUUCUACUCACACCCGGCGACCUCGUGCCCAAAGACGUGAGCUGGUCCACGGCCCGGACUCUGCUUGCGAAUGGCAAGCAGCUGCUUCGAACCCUCCACACCUUUCUCGAAGGUCCUCCAAUCGCCGCGUUCAAAAUGAAAGCGCUGAGUCCAUUUCUGACCAACGACAAGUUCCGACCCGCGUACUUGGUGCCCAUCUCGACGCCCGCGGCCGUCCUCUGCGCCUGGGUGCUUGAAACCGUGAGCUUGCAGGGCCACCCGGGCGCCACAUCGACGUCCCAGCUACUGGAACCCGGCGCAGAAACCAGCGCCGACACUUCGGACCUCCUCAUGUACCUGGAAAUGGACGACACCAACCCGCAGGCGCGCGACCAGACGAUCGAACGCAUCCCGGGGUCGCGGCCCGCCGACGUGUUUGUGCUGCAAGACGACGACUGCCGCAUGGACGGCGCAGACCCGUCGCCCGACACGGUCGUUUUUAGCGGCUCGUGGAGCUACCAUGCAUUGACCUACUUUGUGUCGUUCUACGUGGCGCAGAUCGAGCCGACGUGCGUGCUGCAGCUCAAGCUCUUUGAGCCCCAAUCGGCCGUUGAGACCCAGGCCGUGGUCACGGAAGACGAAAUCAUGUCGCUGUUCGGACCGCACGUGCUCGCUUUUGUCUACGAACGCGCGUGGGUCCCGCUCUGCGAAUCCAUCUUGGUCCGGCUCGACCACGUGAUGAACCCGGCGGGCGACGUUGCGCCUUCGCGUCGCCUCAGCGCCAUCAACCAGCACGACGACGAGGACUUGCUCCUCGCUCUCGACACGUCUCGGUCCAUCGAGGCACCCGUGUCCCUCGUCCCACGUGUUGCGCAGUCCAAAGCGCCGCCCCCGGUCGAUAUCGACGCCAUUCUCAAGAUCCAGUGCGCCACACGUCAAAAGCUGUCGCGGGAAAAAGCCGAGCGACUGCGCCGGCACAAGCAAGAGAAGCGCAAGAACCCGACGCUCUUUAUGAGCGCGGACCAGCUGCGAGACUACGAGGACCAUGUGCUGCAGAUGGAAACCGCCGACGGUGCAGCCCGAAACGACGCGCUCGUCAAUGCCAAGGACGCCGCCAUUUUGCGGAUUCAAUGCGCGUCACGGCAACGGCUCUCACGUCAGAAAAUGGCCAAAAAACGAACGGAGAAAAAACCUGCAGUCGCGAUGCCGGUUGUCGACCAGCGAGCCGACGGUGCGGGCGACAUGACGCCGGCGUUUGAAACCAUCCAGCGCAAAGCACCGAAGAGCAUCGAGGACCGUCAUGCCCAUGCGCAUCUGGACCACGUGGCGCGCGCAGCCUCCUCGGUCGACCACGACGCGCGACCACAACGCCUGUCGGUGCCGCCUGAUCCGCUCGACUUGUUUAGCGCUGACGACGCCGCCCUUCGCAUCCAGUGCUUGGCCCGCCAGCGCCUCGCAAGAAAGCGGGUGACAGCGAGGCGUCACGAGCUGCUCACGAGCGUGUCGUCGCCCGUCCUGUUGGUCGACCACGAGACGGCCGCCCUUCGCAUCCAGUGCCUCGCCCGCCAGCGCCUUGCGAAAAAGGUACAGUAG